CUUUCGCCUUUCCCUAUGGACUCGGAAUUAGCAUCAAAACGUCGCAGAGUCCAACGCUCUCCGUCUCCGACCUUCAAAUACGAUGAUGAGGACGACUCCUAUGAACCCUACGUUCCGGUCGCCCAGAGGCGUGCUGCCAAACUCGCUAAACUCUCCUCGUUUGGCGUAAACUCGGACAGACAAAAAGCUAAGAAACAGCUCGAGGAACUAUUGGAACUAGAAGAUGCAGAAAGAGAGGAGGAAAAACGGCGUGAACGGGCACGAAAGGAGAGAACCCUUCUCGUGGAGGCACAGGAAGUCCAUUCUCGCAGAGCAGUAGAGGAUGCGAAGAAAACCGAGGUCGAGAAAGCAGAGGAGGCUGAUGCUGAAAUACUUGCCGCCAUCGCCAGCCGACGCAAACUGGCUUCGGAUAUGGAGUUGGCUAAAGGCAUCUCAUACUUAGAGUCGUUAAAAACGACGUGGAAUCCUCCCAAGUACAUACUGGAUCAGACGGAGGAACACCAUCGCCAAAUUCGUGAAAAGUACCACAUUAUAGUCGACGGUGAAGACAUUCCACCUCCCAUUGAACACUUCGCGGAUAUGAAAAUCCCACAUGAGCUUGUCGACUUCUUCAAGACAAAGAGAAUCGUAACCCCUACCCCAAUUCAACUUCAAGGCAUUCCAACAGCUUUUGCCGGCCGAGAUAUGAUUGGCAUUGCCUUUACAGGGUCUGGGAAAACGCUAGCUUUUUGUCUGCCUCUCAUCAUGCUUGCUUUGGAAGAAGAAGGCAAGCUUCCGUUGAUUCGUGGUGAAGGCCCAGUUGGCGUUGUAUUGUGUCCCUCUCGCGAGCUUGCUACUCAGACGUACGAGAACGUCCUCGUCUGGACUGACGCCCUUGCCAAGGGUGGCAGAUACCCGCAGCUCAAUACCCUCUUGUGCAUCGGUGGUAUCUCAAUGGGGGAACAGAGCCAUGUGAUGAACAAGGGAAUGCACAUUGUCGUAGCCACCCCCGGUCGCUUGAUUGACAUGUUGGAGAAGGGAAGAUUCAACUUCAAAAGUUGCAAAUAUCUUUGCAUGGAUGAGGCUGACCGAAUGAUUGAUCUCGGGUUUGAGGAAGAUGUGCGAAACAUCAUGAGCUUCUUCACACGACAGAGACAAACGCUAUUGUUCUCUGCCACUAUGCCCCGCAAAAUCCAGGAUUUUGCUCAACAGUCGCUUGUGCGUCCUGUCCUAGUCAACGUAGGACGAGCUGGAGCCGCCAAUUUAGACGUGCUGCAAGUAGUGGAGUACGUCAAACAGGAGGCCAAGAUGGUCUAUCUUUUAGAAUGUCUUCAAAAGACUGCACCACCUGUCAUCGUAUUCAGCGAAAACAAAAACGAAGUUGACGAUAUUCAGGAAUACCUUCUGUUAAAAGGUGUUGAGGCAGUUGCUAUACACGGUUCCAAAACACAGGAAGAGCGUCAGUAUGCAAUCAAGUCGUUCAAAUCCGGAGCGAAGGAUGUUAUGGUGGCAUCUGGAGUGGCUUCCAAAGGUCUCGACUUCAACGACAUCCAACAUGUCAUCAUCUUCUCAAUGCCUAAGGAAAUUGAAGAUUACGUCCAUCAGAUCGGACGUACUGGCCGUAGUGGAAAGACUGGUAUCGCGACAACAUUUGUGAACAUGUCCACUCCAGAGCAGACCCUCUUGGAUCUCAAGUAUCUAUUGAUGGAGGCCGGACAGAAAGUGCCACCCUUCCUGCAAUCCAUCGACGAUCCACGAGCCGUGCAGGGUGGGUCUCUCAAAGGAUGCCCUGUCUGUGGUGGUCUCGGACAUGCCAUCUCGAACUGCCCCAAGCUCGAAGACACGCAAAGACGGCAGAUGGCCUCGCACAGAGCAGCAGACGAUGGCGGUGGAUACUAAGAGACAACGAUCGGUCCUGUGGCACUUUUAUUGCUUUUGACCUUGAGGCCUGUCACGUGUACUCUAUAAUAACUUGUUUGAGCUUCUUUCGGUUCUUGGUCAUGACUCUAUGGACAACAAUCGCCCCACUGCCUUGCGCCAAGCUCGUCACAAAUUUGUAUCCACACAAAAAACAUUACAAAAUAUGCCUAG